UUUGUUAGUUCAUUCCCUCUUCCACUUCCACGGCCUUUUGAUAUUACGCGGUUCGUUGAAUCCAAAUUUCGAAUUCCAAAGUGAAGAUUUCCAGUGAUCAGGGCGGAGUAACACUGAGUCUGUUAAUGGUGCUCGUGCUUGUACGCCAUCAUAGCCGAAACUGCAACGAUGGAUGUCGAAGCGCAUCAGAAUUUGCAUGAAAGAAGCAAUAUCAUGGAUUCAUGAAUUUAAACUGCAUAUUCAGGGGCAAACCGGUGAUUGCCGAAGUUUUGGCAGCAACAUAUGUCCAUCUAGCCAAUCCAGGAAAGUCUCCAUAGGAGUAAUGGUAAAUUCUGUGGCCACAACAAGACAUGAAGCCACGAAAGGAAAUGAGGUUAAUAUGACCAAUACGGAAAAGGUAAUCUCUAACGUCGGAAAUUUCAAUGGUGAGAAAGGCAAGGUAGAAGGAACGACAGCUUCCUUUAACAUGAAGCCAAUUGUUCCAGAAGAGGUGAAGUGUUCUCGAAUCACUAAAUCCUUUUACCAAAGAACACCCAAUUUUGAGACCAUUCUUCAAACAAACCAAGCCUCCAAUUUACUAGUCUUUACUAGGAAACAGGACAAACCUGAUGAGGUUGAUACUUCAAUUUUUCAUUCCAAUGAUCUUAACCAGAAGAAAUUUGAUGGGACGACCAGCAAAAGAAAGGGAAGGAAGGAAAGAACCACUGGUACGGUAGAGGAUGAGUUUACGUUCAACACGGCACGCGAAGUGAUCAAGUCUGACAAAACCAAGCCAGACGACAGAAAAACCGAAAAGAGAACAGAAGAUUUGAAGAUGAAGCUUUGGGAAAUAUUGGGAACCACUUCUUCUCCCAAGACUAGGCGCUCAGGUUCUAAGACCUCUAACAUGGAUGAGGAGAUCGUGCUGCCCGGGCAGCGUUUUGAUCAGGGGGAUGAUAAAUUUGUUAAGACCAGACAGCAGUCGGAUACAAUAGAAACCGAUUCUGAAAAUCCUGAUCAUACUAAUAAGAGACCUGCAACGCGUUCUUUGAGCCGAAAGAGAGCGUCAGCUAAAAUGCAACCUCCAAAAACAAAGAGUGCUCCGUCUCCGAGAGGCAAAAAGAAGCAACAAGCAAAAGGAAUUUUCUCUCCCAGUGAACAGUGGACUCGGAGGCAAACCGUUUAUCUGCAUGGGGUUUCCCAAAUUCCUUUGAGUGAAAAGGAUCAAAGACAGAAUGCACGUCAAAAUUGCGCCAAACAAAAUGAAGCAGCAGAUAAAUUUUGUAAAGAAACUUCAAAGGCUGAUGAACAACUGUGUGAUGAGGAAGCAUCUUCGCUUAGGGAAAAAAUGGGACGAUUUCGUAGUUUCUCACCCGAUCAUCACAAAGAUUAUCCUCAGACUCGGAAAAUAAUCCCAGAAAAAGAAUUGUGCCAGUCACCAAUAACAAAAAUAAUAGACAAACAUGAAGGACUCGAGGGAUCAGCAAAUGGAAACCAACAGGAGCAUAGUAGUCCAGUUGCCGAGGAUGCUGCUGAUCCAAAAGAUACUUUUCAAAGUCCUACGUUUGGACUUAAGACACCUACAUUAAGUUCUUCGCCGGGCUCAACUCCAAAAACGAGCAAGCAGACCUUGGAGCGAGACUGUGACAGACAAUGUGCACAGAAGCAGUGUUCUAACGUGGAUGAGCUCAAGAGUUCUCUUCCUACAGAAGCGGCAUUUUUUGUGAAAGGGAAAGAUGCACAGGAGCGCUUAACUGAUUCAUCAUUCGAAGAGAGAAGGUUUCUCAAGAAGAGAGAGGGUUUGAGAGACAGACAUGCUUCUGAUGCGCAGGAAACUUCUAUGCUUCAUUCAAAUAAAAGGCUGCGUAGUCAUGAAGGAGUCAAAUUCAACGACAAUAGUCCUCCUUCACUCUCUUCGAAAGGGGCAGGAGAAAAUGAUUCGAUCCCUGAAGCUUCUGAGCACACUCAAGAUGGAUUUGUAAGGGCUGUUGAACUGUUUGCCUUGGAAUUAGGAAAGCUAAAGAGCAAAAUUAAGUCAGUGGCAAGUAGGAAAUCCUCAGAAAUUCUAACAUCUGUUGCCGAAGACAUGAAACUGCAGCUGAAGAAUGUUCAUUUCCAGAUUGAAGACGACGUCGAGAAACAUACAAAUCUCUUCGAGUCAAAGAGAAAACGGUUGGAGACAAGAUUUGAAGAUCAGCAGAAACAGCUGUGGUUGAUUCACGAAAAAUUCAAAGAAGAGAUUAGUCUGUAUAUCCAGGACUGCAGAAGCGCUAUUGAAGGUCUGGAAGCAGAACGGAUAGAGAUCAAGGGAGCCCUGGAAAAACAAAGGGCAUCGCAUAGAAAGCUUCUGUCGCAAGUUGAAAAAGGAGUGGAGAUCCAACUCAGCGAUGCUCAAACGAAAAUCACAGCUAUCCAGGAGUCGGCAAGGGGAAAAUUAAUCCAACUGAAGCACAUUACAGCGAUGUGCUUGAAAGAUGAUAUUUUAAAGCGAUGUGAAUAGUGAAUACCGGGGGACAAAAAGAAAAGAAGAAAGAAGCAAGGCGUGAUCAUUGUCCAUAUGCUUGCAAGUGAGGAACAUUAUCCGAAAGUGAGCGGGGCCUUUAGAUGUCAUUAGAUUGUUAGGACCACUGUUAUUAGAUUCAACAUCCGACUAAAGUUUUAUUGUUCCAUUUUCUGUAUUAAAUUUAAAUCUGGACUAACCUAAAAUGUUGAGUGAUCUGGAUAACUUGUAAACAUAACCUUCUCUCUUGUUUUUUUUUUUUAGGGAACAU